UAUUUCUCUGUCUUUACCACUUCUUUUCCUCAGCCGAGCAGCAGAGCGAGCUUGAGAGAUGGGCGACCAGGACGAUCAGGCACCACCACCGUCGUUGUCGGUUGCCGCUGCCGCCGCCGCCGCUGCUGCUGCUGGCCCACGUCGGUUCUUUGCCGAGACUGGCCAGAUUGGCGAGAAGCCCCCGCCGGGCUCCAAGAAGGAGGAGCGCGCACCGACUGGCGAGGAAGGCCCGCCCAAGGCAACGGAAGACGGCGCGAUCGACUCGUUCUCGGUUCUCAAACUCGCGGUCUUGGCCAAGAAGGGCGAACUCGCUGCGCGCGAUCUCGAGCAAGAGCCUCCGUUCCUGUUUGAAUAUGCAGACACGGAUUCGUUCGAGCACGAGCUGUGCGAAUUCUUCUCGUAUGCCGAAAACAAGGAAAUUGCAGCAGGCAAGGAGGUGUUUGAGCGAGACUUUGGCACCAGCUGGCUGUCGGCGUCGGAAAAGAAGCGCGAGUCGUUCAUUUUUGGCUGCCUCGACCGCUGCGAGGUUGCCUCGCUCCCUGCACGUCUGACUGCACUCCGGCAGCUUGCGUACAUUGCGCAAGGUGUGUUUGGAGAGUGCGCUCACGAUCCUGCUCGCCAAAUGAAGGCGAUUCGCGACAACACUCUCCUGUUGUACAAGUGUGACGCGCUUCCCUUGCUCCUACUCUUGCUGAGAAAGGCGCUUGUGGCUGCUCCUGAGCCCUCCAAUGGCACUGAAGCCAAUGCCGUCCCGCAAGCAGCCCCAACAAGCGCUCAUCACGCCGGCGACGCAUCUGCCACCACCCAACCUCGCCAGGGUACACACUCACACAACGCGCCUCCACCUCCCCAUGCCUUCCUCGUGACCAAUGUCACAACCGGAGCGGUUGCCGGACCAACCCCCGCGACCUUUCAGCAACAGCAACAACAGCAACAACAACAACAACAGGCCGGCGGGCUUCCCGCGUCGCGCGCAACACUGGAACACAACCGCGAGCUGCGCUUGAUUGCCGGUCUUCUGUAUUUUAUUGUUGAGGUGAUCCGGCGGGUGGGCACUGACAAGCAGCGCGUGCAUCUCGUCACCGAGCUGCUCACGCCGUUCAGCAUGCCGUCAGACUCGCAAGCACAUGCCGGCGACAACGCGUCUCGUCCGCAACCCGUGGGCGGACAGUCGCCGCAUCUGGGCGUUGGUGGUGAACACGAUUUCGGCAACCACGAUUACACGCAACUUCCUCCUGGAGUGGGUGUUCCUGGCUCUGCAUCAGCCUCGUCGCCUGCCGCCGCGUCCGGCUCGCCAAAGCCUGCAGCCCAUUCGUAUACGAUGGUCACAUUGCUCUUCAAUUGCAUUUCGCAGUUUGGGGAGGACGAGCACACGGAGCACUUGCCCAUCCGCAAAGUGUUGCUGCUUCUCUGGAAGCUCGUCCUCGUUUGCUAUGGCGACAGCACCGCUGUUGCCGAGCGAACUCGGCAAGGUCGCCUCAAAGCCGGCCUCCCGCUCGAAAAGCCCGAUCGACGGGUCAAGGCUCGCAAGCUCGAUCUGGAGGCGUUCGUCAUCAACAGCAACGAAAAGUACUAUGGCUACCACGGCCACUCGAACACUCCGAGUGGUGCCGUUUCUCGCUUCUCAAACGAGGCCGACGAGGAGCUCGAUUAUUCUCUCGUCGACGCCAUGUCUGCUGCCAGCCGCGGCGACGGCGACGACGUUUCCCUUGCCAGCGUCUCAAGUACAGACAGCGUCGCCAGCACGGCCAGUGUGAGCACCAUUCCAGCUGCGACCCCCUUCGGCAGCGCGGGGUACGACGCCAACUUUUGGCGCUCGCACACCCCGGACAUUCCGCCACCCAUCAACGAGGGCCUGUAUGUGCUUCGCCAGCACUUGUACGAGUCGCUGGCGGAACACCAAAUUGCCAUGGAGGCCAAGCCGUACGCCGUGUUUCUCCACAAGAUUGAGAAGGAGCGCGCGCGACAGCAGCAUCUACACGACCUGGAGCUGGACGUCGACAGCGCUCUGGCAUUCAGCCGCAGCAAUAGCAGCGGCGACGCGAACGGCGAAGGCGUCGUGAGUGACAUGGACGUCGGGGAUGAAAAUGUGCAGGACGUCGUGAGCGAGGAAGACCAACGCAUUGCGCGCGAGCUUCUGGGCCACCCAGCGGCUUCCCAGUUCUUGUCCGCAGCCCUCAACACGAGCGACCGUCCAUCUCCUUCCCCCGCAGCCGAGUUUUCAUCAUCAUCGUCGGGAUCGCCGCUGCCAGCGGCAGCCGCCACCCCACCCAAGUUGCCCGACCGCGUUCCAACCACGCACGUCGUGCCACCUGCUCCCAACGCUGCUUUCGCCCCCAAGCCCACUCAGCGCCAGACACCCCUGCAACAUCUCGGCAGCGUCGACGACCUGUACAGCGCGUUGCUGCCCAACAUGGGUCGCUACGUGGUUGUCCUGCUCAAGAUUUUGCUUGCCUCCGCCCCUGCCGCGAAGGGAUACAAGGGUGCUAUUAAUCUGAUGGGUGAAAUUUUGCACGAUAACCAGAGCGAAAAGUCCAUGAUCGAAUCCAUGUACACAACAUUGGAUCUGGAUCGCCACAAGGAAGUCAUUGUGAAGGCAGUGACUGGACUGUUGUUGCUAUUGCUCAAGCAAUUCCGUGCCAAUCACGUCUACCAAUUCGAGCACCUGAGCCAACUUCUGGUCGAUGCCAAGUGCAUUCUGCUCGUGCUGAAGAUCUUAAACCAGAACAUUACCGAGUUCAUUAUUGCCAAGACUGAUAUUCCUUGCGCCGAAUUCACCACUUUCACAAACCGUACCGUCUCCUCUUCAGUGGAUGAAACUACGGCGCUGAACAAGUCGCUCGAGGAGUAUCAGACGCAUUUGCUGUCGAUGGCUGCGACCAAUCCUUAUUAUUCGUGGCGCAACUUUUUCUCGACCGUGAAUCUUCUUCGCAUCCUGCAAAAGCUGACCAAGCUCAAACCCGCGCGGCUGACGGUUCUUGUUCAUUACAAGGCUCCUAAUAUUCUCAAGCGGCUGCUCAAAAUUAACAGCGACCUGCUGCAACUGUACGUCCUCAAGCUGUUCAAGGCCCAAUCCCGCUUGCUGGGACGCAAGUGGCGCCAAAGCAAUAUGAAAAUCAUUUCUGCCAUCUAUCAUAAAGUUCGGCACUUCCUGAACGACGACUGGGCCUACGCUGGUGACGACACUUUUGAAAGCGGUGUUCAGCCUGUGGACGAAAACACUCUGCGCGAGAAUGUUGAUCUCUACAAUCGGCGACACUUCCGGUUCCGUCUGCCCGAUCGCGGCGCCAUUCGCGACGUGGACAUGUUCCCAGAGAACGACGAGGAGAGCAGCGACUUGUACGUGCUCGAAGACCUCGCCCUGAUGGAUGACUCGACGGACAUUGUGACGGCCCUCUCGCAAGUUGUGGAAUUGGACCCUGCGUUCACCGAAAACUAUGAAGAGUGGCUUGAGCGUGAAGUGUACAGCUGCUGAGCGUUUCAGUCCGUCUCCUUCACACACACACACACACACGCACACACACACACACACACCGCCUUCCAUCGUCUUGAGCUUUGCUUUUUUUCUUCGUGCUUUUGCUCCACAUUACCAGAUCAAGUUGCUUUGUUUUUGUUUUGUUUUUCGUUUUGAUUCGUAAAAGUGUAACUUUUGCCCUGUAUGCAUGAAUGGCGAAUCGUAUAUUUUCCCCUC